AUUUUUAGGUUAAAAGAAAAUUGGAUAUGUUACAAGCUGGCCCAUCAAAUAGUGACAACAAGAAAUUUCGAGGAAGAUCCUAUCUGUAUAGAGGUAAACCAUCAACUGAAAAAGCCAGGUAUGAUACAUCUUUAGGCCAGCUUACUAAGAAGUUUCUGAAAUUGCUGUCUGAUGCAUCAGAUGGUGUUGUCAACUUAAAUACUGCAUGUUCGCUUCUGUCAGUUCCUAAACGACGCCUUUAUGACAUUACUAAUGUACUAGAAGGAGCAGGUCUGAUACAGAAAACAUCUCGAAACAACAUUCAGUGGAUGCCUAGAGCUUCAUCACCUUGUGCCAGUGUUACAAAAUAUGAAAUCGAAAAAGAUAUUGACAUUCUGGAAGCUAAAGAAAAUAAACUUGAUGAAUUGAUUUAUCACAUGAAUUUACAACUGAAGUCUUCAAUAGAAAAAGAUGGAGAGUAUCAUUAUUUGACCAGUGAUGAUCUGAAAGGCAUCGAAGAGUUUUCUGAAAAGAUGUUAAUUGCGGUUAAAACUCCUGCAGCUGUUCAGAUUUUAGGAAAAAGUGAAAAGAAUUUAGUAGUUAAAAGUACAGAUGGAGACUUGGAAGCUUACCUGUUGCAAGAUCAAUCAUUUAUAAACAUACUGCACUCAGAAGCUGAAUUCAAAGAAAAUUCUUACUCUGUUAAGAUUGAAAACCAUAGUCUUUCAAGUUCAGAGAAAACAUCAUUGACUCAAGACGAAGCAUGCUCAUCUGGAAUCUGCAGCCCAUUUAUUUGUUCAACAAGUACUUCAUCAUAUCCUAGUCAUUAUUCUGAAAAGAUAUGGACAGAAGGAGAUACCAUCAUAAAAAAUGCAUUCAUUGCUGAAGAAGAUGAUAUUGCACCAUUAGGAAGAAAUUUUCUUUUUCAAACUCAAGAACAAGAAACCGAAGAACAAGAUGUGGAGUCAUUAUCACAUUCCCUAUUGGAAUCAUCCAUGGAUCAUUAUUCUUUUUCACUUGAUGAUUGUGAAGGCUUGACAGAUCUUUUUGAUUGUAACUUCCCAUGCCUGUAACAAGUUAUUCACAUUCUACUCAUAAACUUCAGAAAAUUUGGUAAUGAAAGAUAAGUAUGGAGUGGUAUUAAAGGAUGAUGUUGUUUUGCUUUGAAUCAGCAGUUUUAUCAAUUCUUGUCAUAAAAAAUAAGUAUUAAUACAUGUAGAUUUACUGACUUUAAAAAAUGUGUUAUCCAGCAAUUGAUAAUCCUGACAAUACUACUAAUGCUAGUGCAGGAAAGUAGCAUACCUUUGUACAAUAAAAGAAUAUAAUAAUAAAAAAAAAAGGGUUGAGAGAUAUUUCUGUAGUUUUCAGUAUCAAACAACUAAUAUGUUAAAUCUGGGAAGUUAUCCUCAAGCUGUGAAAAUUGAUUUCUUUAAUUUUAUCUAAAAGAAAUAAAGUAAAUCUGAAAUGAAAUUUUUAUAGGGACCAGGUAAAUGUUAGUGCAAAUAACAAAUAUCACUUCAAUAUGCUACAUGUAUAAAUUAAUGUACUUUAUUUGUUUACUAUUUUAGAAUUUGCAUAUCAUAUCAUUUGCAGUCAUGUAUGAAGAAAGUUAAAUCUCAUCAUAUGCACAUUGCUGUAUGCUGUAGCCUUGUCCAGACUGCGAAGAUUUUGUACUUGAAAUAUCAGUAUGAAGCAAAUAGAUUAUGGAAUAUAAUCAGAGGUACUUAUAAGCCAGUAAAAAAAUAAUCAGUGCCAGCAGUUUUCCUUCACUCAUUGAAAACUUCGGUUGUAAUUAAUAAUUGAGCUUCAAAUACAGUAUACAUAACAUUUCAAACGUUAUCUGUUUCUAUCAAACUAAAAUGCUGUAAAUUUUUCAUUGAAAUAUUGCUUAUAACUGCAGAAGUUAUAAGUGCUGCGCUAUGUCAUUAAGUGCAUAACUUUUGUAGACUUGGCAAUGCAAGUUUUAAAGUUAAGAAAAUAGUUUUGCAUAAUACCAAAGUUUAUAUUUUAAAAUUCCAGCUGGUUAAAAUAAGUUACAUAUAUGGAUAUAUUUCUAUAUAUUCAAAUUUACAUAUAGAUAUAUUUUACUGCAUAUUCAUAGAGAAUAGUAAUUUUAAUAUAAUUAUUACUUUAAAAAAAUUUUGUAAUUUGUAAUGAAAAUUCUUCUCUGUUGGAUAUUCCACUGAGUAGUGCAUUUUGGCUCCAUUUAAAAAUAUUAAGGAAUUUAAUCAAAAUUCUUCUCUCUUGGAUAUUCCACUUAGCAGUGCAUUUUGGCUCCAUUUAAAAAAUAUUAGGAAUUUAUGCUUCACAAAAUCCUUUUAAUGAGGUAAUGUCACUUGACAUUCAUAAAAUUUUGCUGUGUUUCUCUCACUUUGCUUCACAUUAUGAGAAAAAUUUGGAUUAUUGUAUAAUUUUGUGUGUGUAAACUUAUGGCAGCAUGAAAUUCUGAGUCAAAUAAUUCUUUGAUAUUUUGUUUCACAGUGGCACCUUUUAAGUCAUUAAUAAGAUUUGAUAUUAAUGUUUGUACGAAACGAAACCUGCAAAAAAUGUCAGUUUUGAAAACUCCAGCCAAGAUAGCAGAAUUUAAAAUACUGUUUUAUGUAAAGAGACUUGAGGGUGUUAAAAAAUUGCCAAAUGUAUAAAUGUACAAUGUGAAAUGCCAUCAUCUUCACAGUCCGUAAAUGUUUAUUUUCUGUGUGAUUUGUUUGAAAAUUUCCUUGCUGACUUAAAUCUUCUCUUAUAUAUAGAUACAACCACAUAAGCAUAACUUUCGUAAUUGUGAAUGGUGAAAAUUUUUAUCAUGAAUUGUUUUAUAGUCCCCCCCCCCGCUUUGAUUCUCCUCUUUUUUUUUUUUUUCCUUCUUUUUUGGAUGUAGGCACAACUUUGUAGAGAUUACAGACUAAUAAUUUAUCUUUAAAUUAUUCAUAAUGUAACUAGACACCUUGACUUCCUCAGGAAUUUUAUAUAUCAAAAUAUCAGAAAGGCUUAUUGGUACUCUUUGUAUUCUUAUGGUUCUACUCGAAUAGCUUUAAAUUAUAUUUAUAAUAUUUGUAUACUAGAUUACGUUCAAGCAAAAGUAAAUAUAUAUAUGCUUGCAAAUACAUGGUAUACAUACAUAUACUGCUGUGUCUGCUUUUUAUGCAUAUUUUUACUUUAAACUUCUGUAAAAUGGGUGACUGUUACUUUGAGUUUUGCAUGGCUUUCUUAUUAUAAUUAAGAGGUUUCUUUCUUUCAUUUAAUGAUCAUAUUUAUGUUGAGUGAUUGUUCUUUGCGUUAACCUUAUGAAAAGGGAUGGUGAAAGCAAAUCUCAGAUAAUUUAGCUUUGGAAAGUUUCUUUGUUUGAAGUUUUGUAAAUUCAGCAAUACCAUUAAGAGGGAAAACUUGAUAAGCAUAUUAAGAUGGAAAACAUAUUAGUGUAAUAUGAUUGUUCCACUCACUGCAAUUUUAUUUGAGCUCAUUGUUGUAAAAUUUUUAGCUUAUGUUAUUAUAUUGUUUAUAAAAUAUAGAAUAGAAAUGAAAAUCUUUCUUGUAGCAUUGCAGUAGUUUAUGAUCUGUAACUCUAAGUAUCAGCUAAAUAAAUGAACUCUUAUUAAAUAUAUGUAAGGAAGUAUUCAAGAAAAAAUUUUAAUUGGUGUUUUAAAAAAUCCAGAGGGAAAGCUGCUUAAUUUAAAAUAAUAUUGUGUGCAUAAAUUUAAUAACUCAUAGCUGUUUUUAAUUUAAAAUCAUAAGUGGGACUUAAAAAGUUAUUACACUUCAGUUUCUUUUACAUAAAAUUUCUCCUAAUGUGCUUCAUGAAAAUGAUAUUUUAAUAUAAUUGUACUGUUAUCUCAGUCUUCUCGUCAUUUUUUGGUUAGAUUUAAAAAUCCCAUAUAGUUAAAAAAUGUCUUUUGAUUGUGUAUGUAUUACAUAGGAAAGAGAAUAGGCUGGUAUCAUAUGUGUUUCUCUUUACUGAUGUAUGUUAAAAAAAAAUUGUUUUUAUGUGUCUGUUUAUAUCACUUGAUAUCAUCAUCUAGAGAGUAAUUAUACUUUAAUAAAGAUUUAUGUGACCAACCUUUUGAAUCCUGAGGAAGAUUUUCUGUGCUUAGAAAAGUUCUACACUUUCUAACUUUAUUUCUCGAAUAAUGAUGCUGGAUAAAAAUACUUAUGUGAAUUUGGAAUUUGGUGAUAACUUUAAUAUAGUCUAUUUAAGUAAAUCUUUAAAUGAAGUAUCGUUAUUUGUGAGAAUACUUUGAAGUAAAGUGCCAUAUAUAUAUAUAAAACUGUGAACAUGUAUUUUCCCAUGUCUUCUAUCGUUAGUAAUGUGUAAGUCAUUAUUUUCCUAAAUUUAAUAUUUCUCUUUCACUCCUUUGUCUAAAACUUCAACUAAUGUGAAUUUUCUUGAUCUUCAAUAAAUAUGCUUGCAUCUAUUCAGUUUUUUUUUUCCCCCCUCUCCCAGAAGCUGCUGGUAUGAAGCAUUUAUUGGAGUCCAAUUACUGCAUACAGUUCUUGAAGUAAAUUUUUCUUUUUAGUUAAAAAAACUUCAAUUAGAGCUUCAGGCUGUUUAAUUAUUUCAAGGCAAUAAUAUUUUUUAUUUAUAUUGAAUAUAUUUGUUAUCAUGUUUACUGUGUAAAAGUGCUUUCCACAAUCUGAAAGCAGAGCAUUCUCAUGAAACCUUUUAUAAACCAAAGUGGUUAGCAUCAAGAAAGCUUUUACUUUUAAGUAAUAAUGCACAAUUUUAUGAGCAUUUCCAGACUGAGAAAAUAUCUUAAUAAACUAAACCAAAUUAUACAUUAAAUGAAAAAUAAUUUUAAUACUUAGUAAAAACAGCAAUAGUUAAUAAAUAUACAGCCUAUAUAAAAUAGUACUAUAUAUUAAUCAAAAUCAGGGAGACAGCAAAUGCAUUAACUGGAAUGUUCAGUUUUGGGUUGGAAUCUUUUGUGUUGACUGUACAAACUUGUAUGCAUUUUUAUGAUCUUGUAUGCUAGGCUGAAUCAUUGAAAGUUUUUUGGAAAAUAGGAUACUGGCAUAUAGAAGAAAGUGAAGAGGAUCUUCUGUUUAUUCGUCAUUGCCAUGAAACUGGUGGGUCAUUAAUAUCGAUAUCUGCCCAUGUCUUCCUCUAGUUUUCCAGGUUAGUUAUGUUAAGGGCUAGUGUGGAAGGCUUCAAAUACAGCAUUUUAACCUCAGCUAUUUGUCUGUGUAACAAUUCUUUGUUGGAAGUUACAGUAUCUUGCAUUUCUUCAGUAAUGCUCUGUGUCUUAUGAAACUUAAAUAUUGAAAGCUAAGUUCACUUAAUGCCUUUCUCCAUAGAAUCUAAUAUUUUCUGUACUUUUUUUUGUACAGAAAGCAAGAAAGUCACUAAUGUAACUUUUUGCAACAGUGAGAUGCUUUCAUUCAAUUAUUUCUUCUUUGUUCAGUGAAGUAGUUUAAAAAUAUCUUCAGCUUUCAAAUGUGCCUUCUAAAUUGUGCAGAAUGUAUUCCACUUCCAGUGUACAUUUGUAACAAUUUAUAUUAUGUGCCUUCUUGAUAGUUUUUGUAUUUUUAUAUUGUAAUUCUCAUUCCCAUCCUCACACACACGUGUAUGAGACAGAGUAUAAUAGUCAGGUUACAUCACAAAGUGUAAAAGUAUAUUAAGCAUAUUAUAUUUAUAUUAUAUCAUUUAUCUUUAAAUAAAUAUCUAAAAUAAAUUUACUGUUCCUUUUCUAGUGUGAUGUACUUAGAUAUUUUAAAAACAUUAAUCAAAAUAAUUGUUAAAUUUAAAAAAAAAAAAAAAAAAAAAUUGUAGUUGAAUGAAAAAAAAAAUGUGCCUGUCUGAAUAACCAUCAGUAUCAUGUUGUUAUGUUUUUCAAAAUAAACCUGUUUGUUUUACAUUGAAA